UGCUGCACUGGUGCAGUAAGUUAGAAUGAGAAAAAAUAUAUUUAUCUUACUUUAACUUGUUGCACCAGUGUAGCAGUACAGCUAAAAAGAACAGCUCUGUGGUGAAACGGAACACAGUCCUAUACCAGGGGCUGUAAUCUCUUAUGUAUUUUUCGUGACCAGCGUUUGUUGCGCCACCGCUGUAAGCGAACCCGCCGAACCGAACUAAAAUGCAAUAUGGCCGUCUAAAAUCAACAUGGCCGUAGUAAUGAGUUCCGUUCAACGAGUAAAGUGGAGCAAAGUGAAGUGAAGCAAAGCUUACGAGCAAGCGAGCGUCAACCGAGCAUCAUUCUCGUUAUCUGGACACCAGUAGCUGUUCCAGCUUUCGACUCUACACCAGCCUUCGACACCAGAAGAGUUAUAGAAUAAAGAUGCUGUGGCUGCAUUUGGAAACAUCACCUGAGUGCUCUCGGAUAUCAUUCUAUGAUAGAAUGAUACCCAAGAGCACUCGGGUGACGUUUCUGAACGCAGCCUGUCGGAAGAGUUAAAUGAGGGAGCUACAAUUACAACCAAGAAAAAGAAAUCUAUGAUCACAUUACUUAGCCUGUUGCAAGUUGCAAAGAAGCAGCUGAUUCCACGUGGAUGUAAGAAAGAGCCUACAAUUAGUUGAAAUACGAGAUAUAACGCAUUUGAAUAAGAUAUAUUGAAUAUAUUACUGUUGUGACAAUGAUUUAAGUUAUUUGGCAACUUAUUUAUAAUAAGUAUUAUGUACGAAUUCUAUGAGAAAAAUCUAUAAAUCAUACAUUGUUGCUAUAAAUUCUGAAGCAUUUUAAUUGGAUAUGUUUAAUUUUAGUUAAGUAAAACUGAAUAAAAAGUAAUACAUUAACGCGCACGUAUACGUUGAAUUGUAUACAAAUAUUUUUACAGCGAAUAUUUUUAUAUGCAUUGAAUGGACACGCGACUUAAGUUUUUACGCUAGUGAAUACUUUUCUCCAAAUAUUUUUCUAUGUAAUGUUUUAUAUGCAAAUUAUAACAUUUUAUGUUUGUACUAAAUAUGUAAUAAAACAUGUGAAAUAAAUAAGUUCAAAAAUUUUAUUAAAUAUUAUUAAUUUGGACGUGUACAUGUGUGCAUGUGUGUACGUGUGGGUCAAUGGAAGGGAAGGGGAGUGAGGUGAAAGGGGAAAGAGCGGCCAUAUUGCAUUUUAGUUCGGUUCGGCUGGUUCGCUUGCAGCGGCGGCGCCACAACCGCUGUUCACGAAAAAAGCAUGGGAGAUUACAGCCCCUGUCCUAUACUACACGUGACUUAUGUACCAUAAUAUAACCCAGAGAACCGGCUUGCUGAGGAAAAAUACAGUAAAACGUACACAUUUAAAAAAAAUAACGAAUUAUGUAGAAAUACAUAAUAAAUUUAACAACUAUAAGAGAGAGACAUGAAGCUAUUUCUGGAAAGAAUUGAAAAAGUUAUUUAAUAUUAAGCAUCAUAUUGAUUGCUACAUUACAAAGAAAAACAAAAAUAAGAGGAAAAGAAAAUUAUUGUAUAGCUGAAUAUCAAAUACAAAUAAUGGAUGUAAACAAACAUAGGAAUAAAAAAAGUCCUAAAAACAAUAUGCCAAGCAUAGAAUCACAGAUAACCAAUGAGACCGAACUUGUAAAGAUAAAAAAUGUGCAUAGUACACCUAACAAAGUGAAUAAUCUGCAAGAUUGUAAAGAUACAAUUAUAAACGAAAAUACGAAUAGCCCCCGAAAAAAUGUACGCUUGGUCAUUCAGCAGAACUUGUUGAAGAGUCCGUUAUUUAAGAGUCCAGCGUUUAAAAAGUGUGAUAAAUCUGUAGAAUCUGCGACUACUCAAACAAAUACGUGUCCGCAAAGAAGAAGGACGAUCAGCAGUGAUUAUGAUACAUUCAAAUCAGAAUUGUACAGUGCGAACAAUUUUAAUAACUUUGACACUAUCGAAUUGUUACACGACUUAGAUUCCAUAGUAACGUUUGAGAAUAGUGGAGAUCUUUUUUCAACAUUGAAUAUUGAUAUGCAAGAUGAUGGUUUGCUAGAAAUAAAUAAAGACCCAGCGACAGACCCGCUUUCUAUCAGUGACAGUGAAAAGAAAAAUAAUGAUGCACUUAUAAAUUCAGAUUUAGAUUCUAGCAAAAGAUAUAGAAUGGAAUUAAAACCUCAAAUAAAAGAACGAAGGUCUAAACGUUCAAAGAAACACAAAUUAAACUCUGACGAAAAAUCUAUUUUAAAAGAGUUGGAAAAAUCUAUAAAAUUGGAAAAAAUACCAUUAACUGAUAGAAAAAAAUUGAAAACACUACACAUAAAAUUGAUACAUAAAGUACCACCGCAACAUGAAAUAGAGCUUUCUGGAUCUCAUGCACCCACAAAAAAAGAAAAAAUAUUAUUUCAACAAUAUGGGCCAAUUCGAAAGGGUUUAUAUACGCCUAUAGAGGACAAAAUUAUCAAGAAAAACUGGAACAAGUUUUGUGAGCUCCAUGACUGGGACACAACCAAAGUCGAACCAUUUCUUUACUGGAGACACAAUAACAAAUAUUAUAUACAUGAUGUAGAGGAGAGACAGAAAUUUGUUCAAUUUUUGGCGAAUGGAUUGCCUUGGCGAACUCUUUAUAGUGUUUAUUCCAGAUUUAAAGUACUAUAUCGUAAUAAAAUCACGUACGCUCGCUAUACUUCUGCAGAAGAUGAAAAGAUUUUAACGUAUAUACAUAAUAAACACCUUGCUAAACGUGAUACUAAAUAUAGUGAGUUAGCGAAAUUAUUAAACCGGACAGGUCGGUCAGUCUUUAAACGAUAUCAAUAUUUGAAAAGACAAAUUCAAGAUGAAUCAGAAACAGAAGUGUUGGAUAAUGUUAGAUGGACAUUACCGCUCGUCAAGAAAUUCAUAGAAACUUUGCUCAAUGUGACAUUAAGUGAGAAUAUAAGAGAACUUAAGGAUGCCACACUUCCUAAACCAGUGUGGAAGAAAAUGGAAGAAAAACUAAACAUAAACGAGAACGUCUUGAAAACAUACUGGCAACAUCAGUUGCAUAUGCAGUUAUUUAGUACUGAACCUAUUUAUUUAAAUGAUAUUAAAAUACAAUUGAUUGAGUAUAUGUAUGAGAAAGGUAUUUCCAAUACUCGCGAAAUUAUAUGGCCUAAUGUUGCAAAACAUUUUGAUGGUAUGACUGCAGUAUUCCUUUGCAAAGUCUUUUAUUAUCUUGUUCAAGAAUCCACUGUGAAAGACAUAAAUAAUUUUGCCGAUAUUGUGGAACAUCUGUAUCAUAUUAAAAUUUCUGAAAUUCAAAAGACUUCAACUGAUAAGUUUUUACCUAGAAUUUUGUAUAAAAAUGGGAAAAUUUCUUUACUAGAUGUGAAAAAUAAUAAAACAAUUACUACCGAUGUCGACUCUGAAGCAACAGAUCAGCAUUGAUAACGAUCUUGCAUAAAAAAUAACACAAUAUUCUAAAUAUAUUAUUUUAAUCUUUAAAGGAUCGACUCUUUUGGGGGCGACUUUUUUAGUUAUAACAGAAAGGAACCUGAGAACAGUCAUCGCGUCGUUUUAGGUGUUUUCAUCCAUUAGCGCCUCUAUGUGUACAAAAUGUGCACAUUCAACUAUGUAGUCAAAUAUCUAUGAAUCUUUUCUAUGCU